AUGAAGCUCCAGACUAUGUCCACGGUGGAUAUGCCCAUCUUUGGCAGCACACUGAAGCUGAUGAGGUUCUGGUCAUAUCUGUUCGUUCACAAUUGGCGACGCUAUGUGGCCCUCUUGCCCUAUGCCCUCAUCAAUGUCCCUCAGUACGUGGACAUCUAUCUGAGCACGGAACCUCUCGACUUCAUAAUACGCAACGUGUACCUGGCGGUGCUCUUCACCAAUACAAUUGUGAGGGGUAUCCUCCUCUGCGUGCAUCGCAAGCGGUACGAGCAAUUUCUGGAGCUACUCAAGGUUUACUAUCUGCAGCUUUUGAAUUCUACGGAUGAACACAUUGGCCAACUUGUGUCUGAAACCACGCGACUUUCCAUCUCCAUUGGCCGCAUUAAUUUGCUAAUGGGCACUUGCACCUGCAUUGGUUUUGUGACAUAUCCGAUUUUUGGGUCGGAGCGCGUGCUGCCCUAUGGCAUGUAUGUGCCCGGCAUUGACAAAUACGCCAGCCCCUACUAUGAGGUCUUCUUUGCGGUGCAAGCCAUAAUGGCGCCGAUGGGCUGCUGCAUGUACAUACCCUACACCAGUAUGAUGGUCACCUUCACACUGUUUGCCAUCCUCAUGUGUCGCGUGCUGCAGCACAAGCUGAGCUCCAUGCAACGACUUCGUGGCACACUGGUGCACGAUGAAAUUAUUUGGUGUAUACGAUAUCAAAUCAAGCUGGAGGGGCUGGUCGAUGCGAUGAAUGCGCUGAUGACCAAUUUGCAUCUGGUGGAGUUUCUGUGCUUCGGGGCGAUGCUUUGUGUGCUGCUUUUCUCGUUGAUUAUUGCUCAAACAAUCGCCCAGGUUAUCAUUGUAGUUUUCUAUAUUGUCAUGAUAUUUGCCAACAGCUUCGUGCUCUACUACGUGGCCAAUGAGCUCUAUUUCCAGAGUUUCCACAUAUCAAUUGCUGCCUACGAGAGCAAUUGGAUGGACUUGGACAUCGAUUCACAGAAGACUUUAAAAUUACUCAUCAUGCGCUCACAGAAACCACUGGCGAUACUGGUUGGCGGCGUCUAUCCGAUGAACCUGAAGAUGCUGCAGUCGCUCCUGAACGUAAUUUACUCGUUCUUCACGCUGCUGAGACGCAUUUAUGGUUGAGUUGUUUAUGGGGUUAGUAUAAUGUUAGUCUUUGUUGGCGGGCAACUGUAAAAUUGAUUGCAUUUAGCUUUGUGGCCAAUAAACGUCUUAAGCGUUGUCCGCAAUUCGAUUGGCCAACGUAUUCGGAAGUGCAUUUUCGCA